CUGUGUAACUUUUUCAUUUUUCUUUUACUCAACAUUUAGAAAUCAUUAACCAAAUCACGGAAUAAAAGGCAGCGCGCGCGCGCCUGUCAACUAAAUUCAAAAGCAAAGUAGAGAAUUCUGUCAAAACUUUUUGUCCAGAUAGUUUUCAGCCGUCAAUGUCAAUCAAUCUUUCUGUCAUCUGGCAUCAACAUCUCUAUCAAAAUCUCUAUUAUCUUGUUACUUAAUAGUUACAAUGUCUGAUGGAUAUGGAUUCUCUGCCCUCGAGUGUAAGAUUAUUCAGGAACAGAUAAAACGGAGGCAGUGCAUGAGGGAAGAGUUUUUAAAGCUGAGGAGUGACCCGUACAAGCAUGCUGCAGAGGCUGGCUAUGUGUUCGACAACGGCAUCCAGUGCUUCAUGUCCUUAAAGACCUGUCAGAACGAGUACUUCAUAGCGUCUCCUCGGACGGCGCAUUUUGGUCUGCUGGCCAUCGUGGCGCCCAUGGUAGGCUUCGGAUACCUGUGCUGGAGCAUGCGGGAGAGCCUCGAGAGGGACUAUCGCUGCGGCAAGAUCCGGUAUAGGGAUAGGAUUCUUAAAUUUAAAUAGUUUUUGUAUGUGGCGUGUGUAUAGUUACUGAAUAAAUUCAGAAUGAUAUGAA